GCCUCUUCGGUCACAUGAUAGUGGCGCGGGCCGGAGUUGCUACGGUUGCUUGGGGAGGGGGGCUGGACUCUGCCUGACAAUGAGUUUUCUUGGAAGCUUGUUUGGUCCCAUAUGUGAGAUUGAUGUUGUUCUGAAUGAUGCUGAAUCACGAAAAACAGCUGAAAUCAAAACAGAAGAUAAUAAAAUAGAAAAACAUUAUUUGUUCUAUGAUGGAGAAUCUGUUUCAGGAAAGGUAAACAUAGUCUUUAAACAACAUGGAAAGAGGCUAGAGCAUCAAGGAAUAAGAAUUGAAUUCGUAGGGCAAAUUGAACUUUUCAAUGACAAGAGCAAUACUCAUGAAUUUGUAAACUUAGUGAAAGAGCUGGCCUUACCUGGUGAAUUAACACAAAGUAGAAGCUAUGACUUUGAAUUUAUGCAAGUUGAAAAGCCAUAUGAAUCCUACAUUGGUGCCAAUGUCAGAUUGAGGUAUUUCCUUAAAGUGACAAUAGUAAGAAGAUUAUCAGACUUGGUUAAAGAAUAUGACCUUAUUGUUCACCAGCUUGCAACAUACCCAGAUGUUAACAACUCUAUUAAAAUGGAAGUUGGCAUUGAAGACUGUCUGCAUAUAGAAUUUGAAUAUAACAAAUCCAAGUAGGUCUGAUCUAAAUGAAC